CCGGCCGUGCGCGCCCGGCCCGCUCGCCUCUCCGCCGCGUCCUCCCACCCCUAACGCCCGCUGUUGUGAUGCGUAUUCCCGUAGACCCCAGCACCAGCAGGCGCUUCACACCUCCCUCCACGGCCUUCCCCUGCGGUAAGAUGGGCGAGAACAGCGGCGCCCUCGGCGCGCCGGCCCCGGGGACUCGCAGCCGGCCCGAGGCGCGCUCCGUGGUGGACGUCCUGGCCGAUCACCCGGGCGAACUCGUGAGGACCGACAGCCCCAACUUCUUGUGCUCGGUGCUGCCUUCCCACUGGCGAUGCAACAAGACGCUCCCCGUGGCCUUCAAGGUGGUGGCCCUCGGAGACGUGCCUGACGGGACAGUGGUAACAGUCAUGGCUGGUAAUGAUGAGAACUAUUCAGCCGAACUCCGGAACGCCUCUGCGGUGAUGAAGAAUCAAGUGGCCAGGUUUAACGACCUUCGCUUUGUCGGACGGAGUGGCCGAGGGAAAAGCUUCACGUUGACAAUUACGGUCUUCACAAACCCCACCCAGGUUGCUACCUAUCACCGCGCCAUCAAAGUGACUGUCGAUGGGCCACGGGAGCCAAGAAGACACAGGCAGAAGCUCGAAGAGCAAGCAAAAUCCUUCCCUGAUCGUUUUGGGGAAUUGGAAAGGCUGCGGCACUCCAUGAGGGUCACGCCACCAACCCCCAACCCCCGGGGAUCCCUGAGCACUCCUGGGCACUUUGGAACGCAAGCUCAGAGCCAGAUACAAGGCACAUCUGAAUUGAGUCCUUUCUCUGAUCCGCGCCAGUUCGACCGGUCUUUUUCUGCGUUACCGGGGCUCACCGAGACCAGAUUUUCUGACCCCAGGAUGCAUUACCCUGGUGCCAUGUCAGCGGCCUUCCCUUACACCGCCACGCCUUCCGCCACUGGAAUCGGCGGCCUCAGCAUGUCCAGCAUGCCCGCCACUCGGUUCCAUCAUACCUACCUUCCUCCGCCGUACCCCAGCUCCACCCAAAACCAGAGUGGACCUUUCCAGACCAACCCGUCUCCGUACCACUUGUACUAUGGUACGUCAUCCGGGUCCUACCAAUUCUCCAUGGUGGCGGGGGGAGAGCGCUCGCCGACAAGGAUGCUCCCUUCUUGCCCGAGCGCUUCGGCCGGAAACAAUUUAAUUAAUCCCAGCCUCGCCAGUCAGAAUGACGGCGUCGAGGCAGACGGUAGCCAUAGUAACUCCCCUACGGCCAUGACGACUACCGGAAGGAUGGAUGAAGCGGUCUGGAGGCCGUAUUGAGGAGGGACUAGUAAACGAGGCACCUUUCGCUUCCACUGAAUGAAAAUGCCCAACGGCCUGCUAGGUUACGGUUGGUCGUUAAAAGGACCAGGUCAUUAAACAGAGCCAUAGGCGGCCUUCCUGCCUCCUGAUACGCAUCGCCAAGUAAGACUGCUCUUGUACAAAAUGUAGGCCAUCAAGUGAAUUAAGGAAAGACAGAACCGGAAACGGGCUGAACUUUGCAUACAUUUCAAAACGAAACCCGCACCCGCUCCUUCGGGUUCCCCCUUGACCGAUGGUCUAUAUCUCGUGUCCAAAAUGUACAUAGGAAUGUAUAGAAUGGAAAUGCUUUGCUCCUUUGCGGCGAUCCAUGGCCAAGUGUGAAAGAGUUCCGAUGCAAUCAUCUCAAAGGCCGUGAUGUUUUUAAAAUGAAUGAAUGGACGAAUGAAUUGAGGGUGUAGCUCUCCAGAUAGCAGAGCUGGUGAGAGAGCGCUGUGAAUCCCAGUUAAAAUGAAGCCAGGAUCCGAAUGCCACCAUUUCCUGCUCCAGGCCCUUUCUACUAUACAGUGGCGGCUGAACCAAGGAGCAACCCGAGGCAGUCAUGUCAGGUGGCAAAUGUUGAAUGUCAAGAAGAGUGAUGGAUUGGUGGGGGGCACAUUGACAGGUCAUAACUACAUGGUACGUUGACUCUUACACAUGCUCCACUGGAGUGAACAGAGCUGGUGUUUGCUUCAGUAGGGCUUGAGCGCACACACACACACACACACACACACACCUUUCCAGUGAAGUGUGACAGGGUUCAUUAGUACUGGGUCGAGGUGUCAUUUUGGAUUUCCUAUUUCAAACCACCAAAGUGUCAAGAUUUCCUCUUUCCUCUUUCAAAUCACCAAAGUGUCAAGAAGGCCCCUAACCGCCUCUCUCUACACAUCCCAGAACCAGUUGGAUGGAGGAGGAGUCCUGCAUGGAAAGGGUGCUGUGCCCACCAGUAGCAUCCAGCAGCAGUGAAAGAACUGGAAUUGUGUGGAUCAGCUGUUCGGGAGGGCUUGGUGGAGUGUGGUUGAGGGAGUCCUCCGCCUCCUGGUUCCAGUUUCAUUUACAAGUCUCUACAGCCGUCAUCCCAGUUGCAGCGUGCACGU